AUGGGCCCUGUUGGCUGUGCCUUCCUGCUGUCUGUUUUGCUGGGUGAGCCUCCACUGUGUGGACAACCUGCAUACUCAGGCCGUAUCUCGGGGGGACAGGACGCUGCCCAGGGGCGCUGGCCUUGGCAGGUCAGCCUGCACUUCGGCCUGAAUCGGGUCUGUGGAGGCUGCCUCAUCAGUGACAGGUGGAUCCUGACGGUGGCACACUGCAUACAAAGCACCUGGAUUCCUUGGUUAUAUACUGUGUCAAUGGGAUCAGUUACAGUAGACUAUCCAAAUGGCGCUACAAAUCAUCAUGUGUCCGAAAUCAUUUUCCAUCCCCAAACCCAAGAUACAGAAGCGGACAUCGUCUUAUUGAAGCUGGUCACUACAGUUACCUUCACUUCUUCCAUCCUGCCCAUCUGCCUGCCCAACAGCACAAAGCAGUUGAAUAUUCCUGGCUCUUGCUGGGUGACUGGAUGGGGAAAAGUUAGUGAAAAUGAAGGUAUUGAUUACACUUCCACCCUCCAGGAAGCAGAAGUACCCAUCAUCGACAGCCAAACUUGUGAAUCUAUGUACAACCCAGUCAGCCCAUUAUUGCCAAACUUCAAGCCGAUGAUCAAGAAAGACAUGAUUUGUGCUGGUGAUACUUCUAAAGGGAAGGAUGCCUGCAAGGGUGAUUCUGGAGGGCCUCUGUCAUGUAAUAUUGAUGGUGUAUGGACCGUGAUCGGACUGGUGAGCUGGGGAUACCGAUGUGGUAACACUCUUCCUGCAGUCUACACCAAUGUGACCUACUAUCAAACAUGGAUUGAAGCCAUUAUUUCAAGAGCUGAUGUCCAGGCCAACAAUCUGGACUUAUCUGACUUCCUGUUCCCUAUUUUACUGUUCUCUCUGGCUCUUCUAGGACCCUCCUGGGCCUUGGGUCUAGCGUCUUACCAGGAAACUAGGCAGGCAGCUGAAGACAUCAGCCAGGUACAGAGCUCAGGAGGGAAUGCAUGGGGAACAAACCUCAGGGCCAGAGAACUCACAGGGAAGUCCCUGGAAACUCUGGGUAACGUCAUUAAAACGAUUAGAAAUGAUUCUGGGUUCUUGAUUUUAUAA